CCUUGUUAAUAUCGCGCAAACAGUUGAUACGCGAGCUUUAACUGCGAGUAGCCCAGGCCAAACUAUUUCUGGGGCUUGGCACGCUGUGACUUUUCCUUGGCGUAACAUUGAGGUUACGUUCAAUACUGGAUGCAGAAUGAUUAAGCAGUAGCUAUAUACAAAGUAUUGCAUUUCUGAGGCGCAGAGGGCCAGAUGUCGGAAUCGCAAGGCGGUUCCCAGCUCUCCGGGCCCGGGAACAAGGGCCCGGGCUUGAAACUCAAGCUCAAAGUGCCUCAAGCAGCCGUACAGCGCCUUGAAACCUCCGGCCCGGGCGCUGGCGCGCCUUCUCAGGGCGAUGCACCAGCGCCUGGCACCACCGCUGUGGGCACCGCGGCAGCAGCGGGCGCUCCAGUCAACAAGAUUCGGCUGAAACUGGCAAAAACGAUGGCCUCAGCCGCUGGCGCGGGCUCGGGCGGAGCAGCAGCUGGCGCGGCGGGGCAGGACCCGCCGCACCCCCCUCCGCAGCCAGCCGCGGGCCCCUCCCCAUUGCGGCCUGCAGUCGCGGGCGCGCCCUCCGGCCGACCCCCGCAGUCGCAGCCGCCUCCCCUGUCAGCCGGUGCCGCUGCCUCCAGGCCCGCCGCGUCACCGUCGCGCCCGGCUGCCGCCGCCGGCGCCCCGGCCUCCCCUCCCAGCACCGCCGGUGGUGCGGCGGCGGCUGCCCCUGGCGCCGCUGCCCCGGGUGGCAUGGGCUUCGGCGCGGGGCGUCUGAAGCGGCCGCGCCCCGCUGACCUCGACUCCAGCCCACACAGCAGCACGCAGCGUCAGGCCGGUGCCAGCGGAGGCGGCGGCGCCGCCGGCGCCGGCGCCGGCACCGAGCAUGUUGACGCAGCAGACCUGUUGGCAGAUGACGACGACGAUGAAGAUAAGAGCGGCGGCGGCGGCGGCGGCGUAGCCGUUGUGCGCCGCCGCAUUGCCGGCGGCGGCGGGGGCGGCGGCGGGAACGGGAGCGGCUCCGCCGCAGUAAAGGCCGAGGAUGGACUGGAAGACGAGGAGGAUGAGGAGGACGCGUUGGUGGGGCCGCGGCGGGGGCGUGUGCGCAAGGCCGCGCGCAUUGCUGUGGAGGAUGACGAGGACGAGGAGGACGAGGAGGGUGGCGGCGGCGGCGGCGGCGGCGGGGCCGGAGGCACGGGCAGCGCCAAGGCGGCGGCGGCGUCAGCCCAGCCGAAGGAAGGCGGCGUCGAGGAGGCGGACGAGGAGGAGGUGGUGGUGAUCGGCGGCCGCAGCCGCAGCCGCUCGGUUGGAGCUGCCGGCGUCAGCGACGAUGAGGCGGGUGAUGGCGGCGGCGCCGCCGGCCCGGGGCCAGGAAGCAGCGCCGCCGCCGCCGCGGCCGCGGCCGCCGCCGCCGCGCCGCCAGGCAGCAUGAAGGCGCGCGCCUUCGCGGCCGCGGCGGCGGCUGCGGCGCGCAAGGCGGCCGCGGAGGCGGCGGAGGCGGUGGCCGCCGCGGCCAAGGCGGCGGCGAAGCCGGCGAAAGACAAGGGCGGCAAGGGCGGCAAGGACGGCAAGGACGGCAAGGGCAAGGGCGGCGGUAAGAAGUACGGGAAGGAGCGGGACAGCGACCACGAGCUGCCUGACGACGCCUACGAUGAGCCGGUCUCUGAUGACGACGUGGAGGUGGUGGAGCCGGAGUCGGAUGAUGACUAUGUGGAUGACGACGACGACUGGAGCGACGAGGACAGGCCGCGGGGGGGAGCCGGCGGCAGGCGUGGCGGGCGCGGCGGCGGGCGCGGCGGCAGGGGUGGCGGCGGCGGGCGCAGUAGUAGCGUCAGGGCCAUGCGCGAGCGGGCUCUGGGCGGCGACCCCGACGGCGCCGCGCCCUAUGACACUGACUUCACGUCGCUGCUGCUCAAGCCCGACCACAGCAACCGGCCGCUGUGGGUGACGCCCGACAACCGCAUCUUCCUGGAGACCUUCUCGCCCAUCUACAAGCAGGCGUACGACUUCCUCAUCGCCAUCUCUGAGCCCGUGUGUCGCCCCGAGGCCAUGCACGAGUACCAGCUCACUCCCCACAGCCUGUACGCCGCGGUGUCUGUGGGGCUGGAGACCGAGACCAUCAUCAACGUGCUCAACAGGCUGUCCAAGGUGCAGCUGAGUGAGGACACCAAGUCCUUCAUCCGCGACAGCACCGCCAACUACGGCAAGGUGAAGCUGGUUCUGAAGCACAACCGGUUCUAUGUGGAGUCGGCCUACCCCGAGGUGCUCAAGCGCCUACUCAAGGACAAGGUCAUUUCGGAGGCGGCGGUGGGCGGAGGCAUCAUCCAGAAGAGCCGGGCCCUGCGCGAGUACGCCGCCGCCAACAUCACCACCGCCGUGGACAUGGUGGAGGGGGAGGCGGCGGAGGCGGCGGCAGGGGGCGGCAAGGCGGGGGCGGGGGCAGCGGCGCCGGACAAGGGCGGCGGAAGCGGCAAGGGCAAAGGGGACACGCAGCAGGGGGAGGGGGAGGAGGACGAGGACGGGGGCACGGGCGCGUACGGCACGGCGUUUAAGGACAUUGCAGCAGAGGAGACGGAGAAGGAGGUGCAGGAGUUCGAGGUCAAGGAGGACAAGGUGGAGGAGGUGAAGAAGCGCUGCAUGCCCGAGGGCCUCAACUACCCCAUGCUGGAGGAGUACGACUUCAGGAACGACCGGCGCAACCCCGACCUCCUGCCCUUCGAGCUCAAGCCGCACGUCAAGCUACGGCCCUACCAGGAGAAGUCGCUGAGCAAGAUGUUCGGAAACGGCCGCGCGCGCUCCGGCAUCAUCGUGCUCCCCUGCGGCGCCGGCAAGUCGCUGGUGGGUGUGGCUGCGGCCAGCCGCGUCAAGAAGAGCUGCCUGUGCCUGUGCACCAGCAGUGUGUCGGUGGACCAGUGGAAGUACCAGUUCCAGCUGUGGACGUCCAUUGGUGACCACCAGAUCGCGCGCUUCACAUCUGAGAACAAGGAGAUGUUCCCAGGCGAGGCGGGUGUGCUGGUGACCACCUUCACCAUGAUCGCGUUCAGCGGCAAGCGCUCCGAGGAGAGCGAGCGCAUCAUGAACAUCAUCCGCAGCCGCGAGUGGGGGCUGCUGCUCAUGGACGAGGUGCACGUGGUGCCCGCGCAGAUGUUCCGCACGGUGAUCAGCACGUGCAAGAGCCACUGCAAGUUGGGCCUGACAGCCACACUGGUGCGCGAGGACGAGCGCAUCGCAGACCUCAACUUCCUCAUCGGCCCCAAGCUGUACGAGGCCAACUGGCUGGACCUCACUCGCGCCGGCCACAUCGCCAACGUGCAGUGCGCCGAGGUGUGGUGCCCCAUGACAGCAGAGUUCUACAGGGAGUACCUGAAGAAGGAGAACAGCGGUCGCAAGCAGCUGCUUUACGUGAUGAAUCCCAACAAGUUCAUGGCGUGCCAGUUCCUCAUCGACUUCCACGAGCGAGUGCGGGGAGACAAGUGCAUCGUGUUCAGCGACAACAUCUGGGCCCUGCGCGAGUACGCCACACGCAUGCGCAAGCCCUUCAUCUACGGCCCCACCAGCCACGCCGAGCGCACCCGCGUGCUGCACGCCUUCAAACACAACCCCGACAUCAACACCGUGUUCCUGUCCAAGGUGGGUGACAACAGCCUGGACAUCCCGGAGGCCAACGUGCUCAUCCAGAUCAGCAGCCACGCCGGCAGCCGCAGACAGGAGGCGCAGCGCCUGGGCCGCAUCCUGAGAGCCAAGCGCGGCAAGGCCGGCAGCGGGCACGAGGGCGAGUUCAACGCCUUCUUCUACACGCUCGUGUCCAACGACACCCAGGAGAUGUUCUACUCCACCAAGCGCCAGCAGUUCCUCAUCGACCAGGGCUACUCAUUCAAGGUGGUGACCAACCUGCUGGACGCUGCGGGCGGCGGCGAGGGCCUCAUGUACAGCGACCGGCCCAGUCAGCUGGACCUGCUCAGCCGCGUGCUGUCGGCGGGCAUGGAGGAGGCGGGCGUGGAACACCUGCGCGACGAGGACGCCGAGGGACUGACGGCGGCGGGCGGCGGCCGGCCGGCGGCGCGGCGGCGGCUGGGCGACAUGGCGGCGCUCACUGGCGGCGCCGGCUACCGCUACAUGGAGUACGGCACUGGCGGCGGCGGCGGGCGCGGCGGCGGCGGCGGGCGCGGGCGGGGCGGGUACCAGGGCACCAAGGCGCAGUCGUGGGCGCGCAAGCUGGGUGUGGCGGCGAAGCGGUGAAGGGGGGGGGAAGGGGAGGGGAGGGGUGAGGAGGGAGGGGUGGUGAUUCAGGGUGUGGUGGUGAGUGUUGGAGGUGGAGGUGGUGAAUGUGGGGUGGUGAGGUUGUGUGGGGCUUGUGUGUGUGUCUGUCUUGUGGAUGGGUGCGGGGGUGCGGUGCACGGGUGCGGUGUGAAGAAGACCAAUUCAUCCUGGGCGUGGGUGUUGUACGUGACUUUCAAAGGCGGGUGUGAUACGGUACUGGGUGGGUGUAUUCCUGCACCGGUGUGUGCCGGUGUGUGUCCAGGGCCGUGGCAGAGGCAGGAUGGGCCCGCAUUUAGGGCUUUAGGAGAAGCCAAACAGUUUACAUGCAUGGCGCAGUUACGCACUGCGGGCGGGUAUGUACGAUAUAGGGGGGGAGCAGGCUGCAGGCAGACAGCCAGUAUGCUAGCAGGCAGACUCAGGAGUGCAGGAGAUGGACAUGUAUCAGAUGUAUGGACGACUGUUACAGUUUUGUGCAGGGCGUGAGUUCAGGAAUUGCUGGCGGUAGGAUGCCCCGGAAUGAAGGGGCUGUGCUGCUGCCGUGCUACGGUGCGCACGCUUCGAAUACGGUUAUACGGUACUUUGCGACGGGCAAGAGGUGCCCCUGUAAUGGGGCCCAGCA